GAGAAACAUUUCAAUUUAGGCGCAAUCAAUCCUUCUCUAUUCUUAAUUCGUUCAAACCCUUGCCCUAGUGCCGCCGUUGAUCCCCUUCUCUCCUUCGCUUGAUCUCGUCGGCAGUCUCUGGUCGCCGGAAUUCAGUGAGGAAUGGAGCACGGAUCACUGACGGAUUUGAGCUCUUCGACGUUUUCUUUGAUUGACGAGGACCAUACCUUGGCGAACUCUGUUCGAUUCACCUUGAAUCAAGAUCCAAGAGUGCAGUUUUCUGGGUACAGCAUCCCUCAUCCUUCAGAUAACAAAGUCAACAUAAGAGUCCAGACAACAGGUGAUCCUGCAAAGGAUGUAUUGAAGGAUGCACUCCAGAACCUAAUGUUGAUGUGCAAACAUGUGAGGAUAACCUUCGAUGAUACUGUUAAUGAUUUCAGGGCAACAGAGAAAGUAGAGCACAUGGACAUCAAUAGCAACCGGUGAAACUCUCUGCUCUUCUAAGCUAAGUCAAGCAACCUUCGACAAGUAUUUGAUUUCAGAUUGACAUAGAAAGACGGAGAAGAUGGACAUUAUGAUGCCGUAGUUCUUAUAAUUCUUCUAAGCUCAUUUGGUCUCAGUAAAAUAGUACGUGUGCUGACAGCUAGGGAAAAAAAAAUCCAAAAUCUUAACUUUCGAAGGAUUUGUAUGUCUUAGUACCGUCACAUGAGAAUCUAGCUAGACAUUGUUCUUGUGGUAUUCGCUAAAUGGUAUCCGUUUUUGGGGCCGGUUAUAAGCUUUUAAUUGCUUGUGUUGUAAGAUGUUCAGGAUUCACUUGUUUAUGUGGUUCAUUUACAAUGUAGAUGGCUACAAUAUUAAUUAAGAUAUUAUUUUGACAGAGAAUAGAAAAUAGAACAAAGGCUACAAUUUCAAAA